AUGGGUUCUUGCUCCACCAAAGAAACCACCCAAGUUUUGGUGCCUUUGCCUCCUCAGCUCCCAAAUGAAGUUGUCAAUGGUUUUUCUAAUUUUUUCGAAAAAUCGCUGAAGCCUGCCCCAACGAAGGCGUAUAGGAGGUCUAAAUCAAGAAGUUCAAGAUCAAGAUCUCGGCAUUCUUCAAGGAAUACUGGAGAGCCCAAGUCAGCAGAAAUCCAUGAGCCUGUGGAUGAGCCUGAUAUCUUGGUGAGCGACAACAGCAGUAUUGAAAAUUUGUCUAAAAUUAUUAAUGAGACUGAAGAGGAAAGAAGCUACCAACCGCCACCUAACCUAGGGGACGAAGACGAAAUACCUGAUCCAGAUGAAAAAAUGCCUGAAAAAAUAUUAUUUUUACUACAAAUUCUCCUAUUUUUAAAAAAUUUGCAUUUAGCUUAUAUUUAUCUGAUAAGGAAUAGAAAUUGAUGAGCUUUUAGACACCCCAAUUAAAAAUAAUCCACCUCCUUAUGAAGAAUCUGAAAAGAUCUCCAGCCCUAUUGAAAAUGAGCUGCCUUCUUAUGACGAAUAUGAAAAGAUCGAGUCCCCCAAAGUCGUUGAAAUUAAGAUUAAAUAGUUUAAGGUCUUCAAGAUUUGAUGCCUCUGCACGCUUGCGACCGCCAGACCCUUGUUUUCCAGGUAAGCUCAAUUGCAGAACCCCACCAACAGUAGUCUUCUCCCUGACCCUGGGGCUUGCACUGCGUCCCUGAGUCUAUGGGCUAUAAAGACCCUUCUUGUCUCACGUUUUGCGGGCGCUAUAAAGGCAAAGGUCAGUCCGAUCCCUCCUUGAGAAAGAGUGCACCCAGGAAAAAGAGCCACGGCCAUCUGGAAUCGGUAGGAAAAGAACCCAUGGUCCAAAAACACCCAGAUAACUAAUACUUGGACUUGAAUGACCACCAGCUGACUCUCAAAGUUGCCCACAUAUGGCUGCUCUAGGCAAAGAUAAAAUCCCGAAUCUUGAUUUAGGCUAUAAAACCUUUUAGGCGCCCAAAGUGGUGCUUCGUCAAGGACACAUUUCGUCACCGCUGCUACCAUAUUAAUUAUUUGAAAUUAAAGAAGACGCUGAUUUUGAAAUAGUGAAGAAAAAAACUUCGAAAAAGUUUUCGAGGCUUGAAAUUAUAACAGAACAACUUUAA